CGUUGCCCUCCCCGCAGCCGUGGAGACGCAGAGCACCAGCUCAGAGGAGAUUGUGCCCAGCCCCCCUCCCCACCGCCGCUGCCACGCAUCUACAAGCCGUGCUUCGUCUGCCAGGACAAAUCCUCGGGGUACCACUACGGCGUCAGCGCCUGCGAGGGCUGCAAGGGUUUCUUCCGCCGCAGCAUCCAGAAGAACAUGGUGUACACGUGCCACCGGGACAAGAACUGCAUCAUCAACAAGGUGACGCGCAACCGCUGCCAGUACUGCCGCCUGCAGAAGUGCUUCGAGGUCGGGAUGUCCAAGGAGUCCGUCCGCAAUGACCGCAAUAAGAAGAAGAAGGACGUGCCGAAGACGGAGUGCUCAGAGAGCUACAUCAUCACCCCUGAGGUGGAGGAGCUGAUCGAGAAGGUCCGCAAAGCACACCAGGAGACGUUCCCUGCGCUGUGCCAGCUCGGCAAAUACACCACGAACAACAGCUCGGAGCAGCGCGUGUCGCUGGACAUCGACCUGUGGGACAAGUUCAGUGAGCUGUCCACAAAGUGCAUCAUCAAGACGGUGGAGUUCGCCAAGCAGCUGCCAGGCUUCACCACGCUCACCAUCGCCGACCAAAUCACGCUGCUGAAAGCCGCCUGCCUGGACAUCCUGAUCCUGCGGAUCUGCACGCGCUACACCCCCGAGCAGGACACCAUGACCUUCUCGGACGGGCUGACGCUGAACCGCACGCAGAUGCACAACGCCGGCUUCGGGCCGCUCACAGACCUGGUGUUCGCCUUCGCCAAUCAGCUGCUGCCGCUGGAGAUGGACGAUGCUGAGACCGGGCUGCUGAGCGCCAUCUGCCUCAUCUGCGGGGGUAAAGAUGCCUUCGACACUUCCAGUCGAUGA